AUGCCCAAACUUGCAUUAACAAUCCCACCGCAUCAUCCCCAGCGACCCCAGCACUGCCACUACCACCUCCUCCUCUUCCUCCUCAUCUCCGCCAUCAAUGCUGCCCCUGCCUCCGCAACUAUCACUAAUUAUCAAAGAUUCAAAGAAGCUCCACAAUUUUAUAACUCUCCAACCUGCCCCUCCAUCGAUACUAGUGGCACCAAUGAAAUGUGCUUCGAUCAAGCUGUUCACGUUGCAAUGACCCUAGACGCUUCCUACUUACGUGGCUCAAUGGCCGCCGUUGUCUCCGUCCUCCACCACUCUUCCUGUCCUCAGAAUAUCAUCUUCCACUUCAUUGCCUCCGUCACCACCAACCACCAUCACCUCAGCCACACAAUCUCCCGCUCCUUCCCUUCCCUCAAAUUCCAAAUCUACCCAUACAAUUCCUCCGCAGUCUCGGGCCUCAUUUCCACCUCCAUCCGCUCAGCACUCGACUGCCCUCUCAACUAUGCCCGAAACUACCUCGCUAACAUCCUCCCUCCAUGUCUCCGCCGAGUCGUUUACUUAGACUCCGACCUCAUCCUCGUCGAUGACAUUGCUAAACUUGCCGCAACUCCACUAGGAGACCACUCGGUUUUAGCUGCAACAGAGUAUUGCAACGCCAACUUCACUUCCUACUUCACCCCAACCUUCUGGUCAAACCCUACAUUAUCUUUAACAUUUGCUGGACGCAAAGCUUGUUAUUUCAACACUGGGGUGAUGGUGAUAGACUUGCAAAGAUGGCGUGAAGGAGAUUACACUACAAAGAUUAUAGAAUGGAUGGAGCUUCAAAAGAGAAUGAGGAUCUACGACUUAGGGUCUUUGCCACCGUUCUUGCUUGUCUUUGCAGGGAACAUAGCGCCUGUUGAUCAUAGAUGGAACCAACAUGGGCUCGGAGGAGAUAAUUAUAGAGGAUUAUGCAGGGAUUUGCACCCUGGCCCUGUUAGUUUGUUGCAUUGGAGUGGGAAAGGGAAGCCAUGGGUGAGACUAGAUGCUAACCAGCCUUGUCCUUUGGAUGCUUUAUGGGCAGCUUAUGAUCUGAGGCAAACACCCUUUACUUUGAAGUCCUAGAACUUUGGUUUUUUCCUUUCUGGGCUGAGAUUUUUAGGUUCAAUGAUGCCAUGGAACUAAGGAGAAUAGAGAUCUGAGUGAAAAGUUAAGAUCUAAUUUCUCUUGCAAAUAUGGUGAGAAGU